AUGGCCACGAGAGCUCCGGCAGGCCGACCUGGCGCAGGCGGCAGGUUUGCCCAAUUCAAGCUUGUUCUUCUCGGUGAAUCCGCGGUCGGAAAGAGCUCAUUAGUGCUUCGAUUCGUCAAAGACCAGUUUGACGACUACCGCGAGUCCACAAUCGGCGCCGCCUUCUUGACGCAGACGAUAUCGCUCGAUGAAAACACGACGGUCAAGUUUGAGAUAUGGGAUACCGCGGGCCAGGAGAGGUACAAAUCGCUGGCUCCAAUGUACUACCGGAAUGCCAAUUGCGCCGUGGUCGUCUAUGAUAUUACCCAGGCCUCAUCACUGGACAAGGCAAAAUCUUGGGUGAAGGAGUUGCAGAGACAGGCGAAUGAGAACAUCGUCAUAGCGUUGGCCGGAAACAAGUUGGAUCUAGUCAACGAGCAUCCCGACAAACGCGCCAUCCAAACCGCUGACGCCGAAGCAUAUGCCAAGGAAGCCGGACUUCUCUUCUUCGAGACUUCGGCGAAGACGGCGACCAAUGUUCGCGAACUCUUCACCGCCAUUGCUAAAAAGCUCCCCCUUGACCAGGCUGGUCCUCGAAAUUUGAGAUCGAACCCUCGACCCGGUGUAGAUCUACGUCCAGAGUCUACCGGCACCCAAGGAGCCGGAAACUGCCAGUGUUGA